AUGACACUGGUGAGAGUUUUUCGUUUUUGGAGAGAAAGAAAGAAAGUGCGCUCUAUCGCACCAGGCUUUUUUUCAUUUUUGAAAUUCAUUUUUUUUUGUUUUUUUCGAUUCGUUUCUCUUUUUCAGCUGUUUAUUGAUGAAUUUUCAAUUAAUUAGAUAUGUUUUCAACUGUAAAACAUUUUUCAGCAUGUUGCAUACGGUACAUCGAUUUUGCUCUCCACACUUGAAAAACAGGUUAGUUUUCUUGUUAUUUUGAACAUUCCCCAAUUCUCUCUCGCCUGUGUCACCGUAAAACAUUGUGUAACUUUAAAAACAUUUUUCAAAUUUGAACAAUUGAAAAAUGAGUUUCCAAAAGGUUGAAAUUAUUUCUUCAUUUGGUUUCUAAAAAACACUGAAAAACUUGAAAAAUUAUCGUCUCGCCCACGAAACCAAAUAAAAGUUCACGUGUCCAUUCUGAAAUCUUAUUUCCUUGUUUUCUUUCAUUUUCACUUCCUCAAAUAUGCAGGUUCUUUAUAUUAUUUCAGUCUAUAAUUAUUUUUCCUUUUCCGCGCAUUUUAAUUGCUCAUAUAAUUUGUUUGGUUCGAAUCAUAUCACUUUUGAAAAAGAAAAUUAUACCUUUUAGGAUUCAAAAAUCAUUUUUUUUUUGUUUCAAAAAAAUGUGAGGUCUUUCGGAUUUAUUCACUCAUUUUCUUCUAUUACUGUGAUAACUUCAGCUGCAAAACAAACCAAAUAAUUCAAAAACCCGGUUCAUUUUAUAUCACUGUCGUAAUAACAAAUAUUUAUUGGGUGUUUUUGAAAAUCCAAUUAUAUUUUUUAGCGAUUUCUUACUUGCACGUUCUCAUAUAUUUUUUUUUGAAAGUUUCUAGAUUGAUCAACUGAUUUUUAAAUUACUACUUCUUUAAACUCUUCCAAAUUUUUCUGGUUUAUCUCUAACUUCUUUGAUAAAUUUCUUCAUUUUUUCGAACUUUUUAUAGUAACCUUAGAUUUUCUUGAGCCAAUUUUUUUUUGAAUUUAUUUUGAAUAUUGAACACAAAUUCAGUUGAACCAGAGAAGGUUAUGAAAUUUCAACAAAUUUUUGAUUCAGGCAUGUCAACCAAAUUUGAGAUCAUUUUUGGUGCAGUGAAAUUCAUAUCAAGAAAAGUAAAAAAAAAAUCUGAAACAUUUUUUAUCCCCAUCUACGUACACUGUACUCCUUGAAUCUAGCUCCUUUUUUUUUAGAAAAAAAUCAAUUGUGCCAAAAUUUUCUUCCUCUUUCGCGAUCAAACUAAAGUUGUAUUUGUUUCUCUGCUCAAAUUUGUAGGAUCGUGUGAAAGCUUUCUUGAAAGCCUCUUCGUUUUUGUGCAUCGAACAUUACCUUAUUUUUAGAAAUCAAAAAGUUGUCUCUCACUUGACAAAAAAUGCAAAGAUAUCAAGACAACGAGGUAAGUCGUAUGAUUUAAAUAAUCUCAUUCGAACACCUGUUGAUUCAAACAUCAAUAAAUUCAGAUUUAGUUUGAACUUUUAGAUUUGCAAUAAAAAUUCAUGAACCUAUAAUUAAGUAUAUUUGAUUUCAUUUGUUUUAUGUUUUAAACUUUGAUUGUAGUGUAAAUCUGUCGAGUUCUGGAUAUUUCUCUAAUUUCUGGUCAGACAUUCUGUUUUUCCUAGCAGCCAAAUAAAACUUAAUCAGACCAAAAAUGUAAUAAGCUAUGAAUAAAUAUAGAGAAAAGUUAUAAGCCGCCACAUUUAUAUAACUAUAGAUUUUUUUUCAGAAUUUCGUAGUUUUGAAUAAAAUUGUUGAUAUUCGAAGAACAUCAAAAACUACUGUUUUUGUUUUUAAAAACAAUAUAUUUUCCCAAAAAUUCUAAUUAGCACUUUAAGAUUUUGAAAAACAUUAGGUCUUGAGAAUUCUGUUUACUCUUUCACUUCUCGAAAUUAUUUCAUGCAAGUUGUUGUUUUUUUCUGGUCACGCAAAAUUAUUUCGAUUUUCAACAAGCUUGUUUUCUUAUCGUCGGCUCCAAUUAAGUUCCAAGAAAAACAUAUUUAUAUUUUUGGUGUCCACUGAAAUCACGUAACAUAAUUGAGUUCAUUUAAUUUACUUACUUAUAUACUUUUCGGAGCGGUAAAAUAAAAAUAAAACAAUUUCAGAGUAACUCUAUAACACUUGAUUUAUUAUUUAUUUUUCAUUAUAAAACAAACCAAAGUCUAUUUUCAGCCAGAGAGAAAAUUUCUGAAAAAUAAAAACUACAAAUACUUCUUCUUUUUCUUCUUAACUCUUAAUUUGUCAUAAUAGUCCAAGAUACGAAAAAUACGAUUUGAGUAUAAAAUUCUAUUGAUGUCAUUACUGGUAUAUUUCCGGGUUCGUUGAGAAAAAUAUAUGAUUGUAUUUGUUUUCAGAACAUUUCUGUAAUGCAUUAUCUAAUUUAUUUCAACUCUACACAUUCUCAAUUGGAUGAUACUUGGUUUAUUUAUUGUGUCAUAGCAUAUUUUGAACUUACUUGUAUUUUUAUAAGGUAAAUGUUUCAGAGUUUCAAGGAACUGACUUUGAAUCAGGGCAGAUCCGAUUGUUAGAACUAAUCUUCCAAUCACAAAACCAUUCAUAACUCUUACAUAUUUUCAGUUACAUACCGGUUAUAUUUUUUGGCAUAUUAUUAUUCCGUUAUCGAUUAUUUCAUUCAAAUCUUCAAAACUUUGUAAAAAUAGUAGUUAUCGAAUAUCUUGUCCAAUUAACAUCUCGAACAAUUCAAAUUGUUCUGACAUUUUAUUCAAUGGAAAACUCACUAUAUUUUUAUUAUGCAUCAUUAGCAAGAUGCACCUGUUAUUUUUUCGGUAGGCUUUCUGUCAACAAUUUUGUUAUUUUGCUGAUUGUUUUCAGUGUCUUUGACCUUACCUGCAUUUGUUACUGAAAGAUGUGCGGCUUCUUAUUUUUUAUCAGAUUAUGAGAAAAAGAGUCGACAUUGGAUAUUUCUUAUAAUAAUUACUUUUAAUUUAUCAAUUUCCGUUUAUCUCUCAAACGAAUAUCAUCAAGGUAAUCAAUCAAAAAGGUUUUCUUUUUUAAAAAUUAAUUUUACAGUUAAAAGCACUUUAGUUCUGCAUAUUUUGAUGUUAAUAAUAAAUGGAAUAUCUUCAAUUAUGAUUUAUAUUCUAGAAAAAUACAAUUAUAAUCGUUUGGAAGAUAGUUCAAAUUUAAGAAAAAGUAAAAGAGGAUAUUCAUUAGCAGAAAGAUUCCAAAUAUCAGAAAAUAUUCGAGUUUUCUCAUUAAUGAAAACAAUUAUAAAUGUUGUUGCUAUUUUUAAUUUAUUUCAAACUGGAUCUGCUGCAAUGGAUAAUUUUGAUAUGAGUUUGACUAUGUUGAAUAUUUGUGCAAUUAUUUUUAAUAUUUGUGUUUUAUCGUGAGUUGAAACUUUUGAACGUUUGAAAAUCUGUAAAAUUUUCCAGAUACGGUAGUUCAGUAUUUUUUCUUUUAUAUUAUUUAUCGCCCCCGAUGAAAGAUGAACUAAAAGCAAUUAUGAGAAAAUUUCGAAUUAUCAAUACUGUAGUUCCAGCAGAAAUUGUGAAAUCGAAACCUUUAAAUUUAGUAGCGAUUGAAUCUGAUCAAUAUUUUACACAAUUACAAAAACAAUGGAUAUAA